AUGGCGAACGAAAAGAAGCACCGCGGAGCCUAUCCUCAUCGGAAGCUGAGAUUUCAAAGCGGGAACUUUGCACCGGUCAAACGCCAAUUAGAUCUUCAACCGUGCCAAUUUUCAGGGACCAUCCCGGUUGAACUGCAUGGUGGGCAGUACGUACGCAAUGGUGGAAACCCAAGCUUCGGGGAUGAAUACGUUGGCGACAGGCAUCUUUUCGACGGAGACGGUAUGCUCAGUGGUAUAUUCUUCCAAACAGAACAAGGCUCGCCAACCGCCGUGCCGUACUUUGUCAACCGCUAUAUCUUGACGGAUCUUUAUCUCGCGAAACAGAGGGCGCCCUUGAUGCCGAGCAUCGCGACGCUUGCUCAUCCCGCCGGAUCGAGUCUUGAGAUCUUGUAUCGAUUUUGCCGCCUAAUCUUUCUCAUUUUUUGGUCCCAUGUGAGUUCCUACAUACCGCCGAUCCGCAAAUUCAGUGUUGGGAAUACGGCGAUCAUAUAUCACGAUAAAAGAGCACUGGCAACCUGUCAAACGGGGCCGCCAAUCCGGGUUCACUUGCCAAAUCUGGAGACGGUGGGCUGGUAUAAUGGAUACCAAGCCGAGAACGAAAACUCUCAUCUCCCACGGCAAAGUGGGCUGGGAUGUAACGGGCUACUCGGGUUUUUGAAAGAUUGGACCACUUCUCAUCCUCGUGUCGACCGUACGACUGGGGAGCUUAUCUCAUUCCAGGCCUCCUUCUUUCCGCCAUUCGUUUGGUAUACACUGAGUCCCCCAACUCCGAAAGACGGGGUAACUGUAAACGGUCUGCACGAGCCAGUCCCAGGGAUCACAAGUCCAAAAUUCAUGCAUGACUUUGGCGUCUCCCGCACUCACACCGUCGUACUUGACCUGCCAGUGUCGUUGGACAUGAUGAACAUGAUCAGAGGAAGGCCAGUGAUCCAUUUCGACGGGGACGAGAAGUCACGUUUUGGAAUAUUCCCUCGGCGUGACCCAUCGAAGGUGCGCUGGUAUGAAGCAGAGCCAUGCUUCAUAUUUCAUACAGCUGCUACUUGGGACGGUAUAUCCUAUGAUGAUUCUGGACGGGAAGUUAUUGAAGCCGUGAACAUGGUAGCAUGUCGGUAUACUCGGUCGGAUGUGUUCAAUUCAAUGGGUUGCAUCAGCUCUGCAGUGCCAGAAUCAUUCGCUGGUAUGAAUGGGAUCAUCGACUGCCAAUUAUAUUAUUAUCAAUUUUCUCUGCUACCCGCCGGAGAAGACACACCAGUGCCACACCAGUGGGCGCUGUCUGCCAUACCGGUUGAGAUGCCCGUAAUCUCACCGGCAUGUCACGAAAAGACGCCGAGAUUUGUAUAUGGGUGUUCUUCAAAAAAUUGCGCCUUUGGUACAGCCCCCGGGAAGCCUCUUGACAUAGACUGCCUUGUCAAAUUUGAUAUCCAGGCUCUGAUUGAGCGUGGUAUAGCGCGUGAGACAGAGGCUGUUGUGGGAUGUGUUGAUAUUAGAACCGUAGAAGAAAUAUUGGCUGAUGAGGAUGCGGAUGAUCCGAUCAAGAUAUUCAAAACCCCCGAGGGUUGGUAUACCGAGGAGCCUCAAUUUGUCCCGCGCAUCGACGCAAAAAGCGAGGAUGAUGGGUAUCUGAUAGCUUUGAUGUUUGACCAGUCCCAGUUAGACGAGCAUGGGAUGGCGCCGGAUGACGCUCGGAGUGAACUAUGGGUUAUUGAUGCUCGAGACAUGAAAACGGUCGCCACGAAGAUCUUCUUGCCGCAGCGAGUCCCGUAUGGGUUCCAUGGGAAUUGGUUCAACAAGGAUGAGCUUGAAAACCAAAGAAGCUUUACUUCUUUGCGCCGAGAAUAA